GGCUUUUGGGUAAUUGCAUGUAUGUGAGACAGAGACAGAGCGAGAAAGAGAGAGAGCAAGGGAGGGAGAGAGAUAGAUAGAUAGACAAAAGGAGAGUGAGAUAGAUUUGUGUGGGGGGUGUGGACUCGAGGAAAAGAGGGAGGGGUAAGAAGUGGGUGGAGGUGUAGUUGUGAGUGUUUGUGCGUUCCUUAGCGGGGAGGGCUGAGUCUGACAUUUGGAACGUAGAGAGCAGAAGGAAUUGGGCUUCAACAGAAAGGCUACCAUCAAAAAUCAUCAUGUUGGUUCUUCUAGCCGGAAUCUUCCUCCUUCACCUCACCAGCAUCAUCCUCCUCCUAGUGGCAACUAUCGACAAUGCCUGGUGGAUGACAAAAACCGUGUCCACUGAUGUGUGGGCCAGGUGGAUACUGACCAAUGGAACCUGGAGCUCAAAUGAUCUCCCCAGCCACUACCCUCAAGACUACCUCCAUGCAGUGCAGGCUAGCUCCAUUCUGGCCUGCAUAUUCUCCUCCCUUGGCCUGUUUGUGUUUGUGGGACAGCUCUUCACUCUGUCAAAGGGACAGAGAUUCACCUUCUCUGGCAUCUUCCAGCUCCUAGCCUGCCUGUGCAUCAUGAUCGCUGCCUCCAUCUACACAGAUAUCUUUCACAAGGGUGAAUCGGAUGGUUGGUAUGGCCACUCCUUCAUUCUGGCCUGGAUCUCCUUUGCGUUCACCUUCAUCUCCAGUAUCAUCUACUUUGUCCUGCGAAAGAAGACAGCAAACUAGAAGCAGAAGACUAUCCCAAACCCAAGAGACAGGCUCAAUAUCUUACGAUCUGAUCGUUUUUUGUACAAUUAGGUAUGGAUAUGAGUGUGUGAUACCAAAGGGGAGAGUUGUUAUCCACAAAUUUUCUGGCUUGAAUUUUGAUUCAUGUAUCUCUUUUGGUUCCCACCUUAUAUGAAGUGUGUAUAAAUAUAUGGAUUUACAUAGUAAUAACUUACCUGUCCUGCCCACAUAGUAAUAACUUACCUGUCCUGCCCACAUAGUAAUAACUUACCUGUCCUGCCCACAUAGUAAUAACUUACCUGUCCUGCCCACAUAGUAAUAACUUACCUGUCCACAUAUUACCAAGUCCAUGUUUAGUUUUUUUAAUAUAAAGUGGGACCAAAUUGUACAGCGCUCAUAUAUUCGUUGGAGAAUGUAUAGGGGAGUCAGAGAGUGAAAGAGUAUAGCCCUGCAGAAUCUUAUUAUUUCAGAAUCAUAGUCCUGAAAUAUUCUUGCUUACAUUUUAAUUUAUUUCUCAAUUAGGCUCAGAAUAAAACAAGGCCAAAACACUCAAAACCAAAUAGAAGAAGGAAUUGACGCCUCACUAGAGUGCAGCAAACAGAGUCCAAUUUCGGAAACUGUCAGCGAUCAUUACCCCGUUUGACUUACAGUGUGCAGAAUAAGACAAAGAAUAUCAUGUAUUUGCCAAUGUCCAUACAUGGAAUGGAACAUUAGUACUAACCUCACUGCUAACUAGACCACUCCCCUUUUUAGUAUGUAAUUAUUUUAUGCUGUGUACCAUUAGUCUUAUUGUGUAGGUUAACUUCCGUUUGUCUGAAUCAACCUAUCCCCCAGACAAACCAACAGAUAGAUAGAGUACCUUGAAAUCUAACAGAGCACGUUUGCUCGCUGCACAUUGAGAUAUAUGUGUAAAUAUGAACAUGUUUGGUUGCACAUUAUGCUUUGUAUGUCUAAUGCAAUGUUAUUUUUGUUACUAUUUCUUAUCAGUAUGAUAAUGAUAAUAAUUUGUAUUAAAACCUGAUUUAAAUCAAA